CAGAACGAAUUGCAGACUGACCUCCCACACGAAAACCGAACUAACGUAAAUCAUGUGAAGGAAAAUUCCAAUGAACUGAAUUCUGACCGACAGCAAUCCACAAAGUCUCAUAAAAAGUUACCCGCACCCAUGGUGGAUGAUGAUCUUUUGGAGUUUUUGGUACGCGUGGCAGACAAUCCAGCGGAAUGGAACAAAAUUCGUCGUGUUUUAAGUAUGUUGGGCCGGGACGAGACGGGCACGCCGACUGCGGCGACGGUGGCGGCCGACGGCGGUAACGGCGUCGGAGCGGCCGCCGUCAGUACCGCGUCCACUUCGACGCCGGUGGCGGCGGUCACCACUCCAUCGCCGGCACCGCCGAAAAUCACGACGACAGUGGGAGACGUGGGCGACGAACGCGGUCCGAAACACCAACCGCCGCCGACCACGACGUCUUCGUCGUGGCCAUCGGGCGAUUGGAUCUUGAAGACGGUGCAAGACAUCAAAGCGGCGGCCAGGGCCCGGGGGAUAGGCGCCGGGGGCGAGGACUACGACGGCGACGACGACGCCAACGAUUACGAUUACGACGACCAGACCGACGACGAGAUCGAAGAGAUCGAAGCGCCGACCGCCGCGCCGGCGCCUCAACCGUCGCGGCCGCCGUUGCUUAAGACGGUGUCCGGCCACAUGUCCCGGUACGAGUUCAAGCGGUUGGACGGCAGACCGAACGACGGUCGUGUCAACGGCACGUACGUGGCCGUCAUCGAGAGCGAUCGUCCGCCGCGCGUCGUCAUCUACGACCCGGCAAGGCAGAAAAAACCAAAAACCGACAAAUAAUUCUAUCAGAAGACAGUGGAUGACGACUUACAAAUGGCAGCUAACAACCGCCCGAAAGAAAAUUAUUUUCCGCAUAGUAAUACACACACAUACACACACUCACACAAAGAAGAUUUUGUUGUAUCAAUCAAAUGUUAAAUUAUUAUUAUAAUACAAUAUAAUAUUAUAAACACUUCUGGUUAAACAUAUUUCUCUCGUUCAUAUUUUAAUGCGUUUUAAUUUUUCGAUGUUACGACCAAAAUUGACA